AUGUGCUCAAUAGUCCUGAUUCAUCAGUGGAGUCUGGCUGUGUUCUUGCUGUGCUCCCCAGUGACUCUUGAUGGAAGACCAGUUGAUGCACUUAAUAGCAGAACGAAGAGGUCAGUGAGCCACGCCCAGCUGAUGCACGACAAGGGCCGCUCCAUGCAGGAGUUCAAGCGUCGCAUGUGGCUGCAUGAGCUGCUGGAGGAGGUGCACACAGCUGAUGACCGAGCACCACCUGUGCAGAGCAGAACCCAGAGCCAAACCUUUAGUGGAAAUGCCCUGCCUGACAAGCCCCCAGGAGCCUAAAACCUCCCUGACAGGUUCAGACCGGACAGAGAUGGCUCUAACCUGCCCCAGGAGACCAACAAGGCUCUGGCUUAUAAGGACCAGCCGCUCAAAGUGGCCACUAAAAGGAAAAAGAAGGCAAGGUUAGGUCGACGCAGAGAGAGUGAGAACAAGAAGCGGAGACGAGCACGCUCGGUUAAAAAUACGAAGCCAUGGAGGAUGCAGUGUCCUGACUAA